AUGCCGAAGAACGACGAUGACGCCAAAAAGCAGGCAUCAGAGACAGCACCAGACCAGCGCUGGAAACUGCAAGUCUUCUACCUCUGCUUCUAUGGCUUCAUGACACAGAUCCGGCCUGGGGAGAGCUUCAUCACCCCGUAUCUCUUGGGGGCUGACAAGAACUUUACACGGGCUGAGGUGACUAAUGUGAUCACACCGGUGCUGACCUACUCCUACAUGGCCAUGCUGGUGCCCAUCUUCUUGCUGACAGACUACCUGUGCUACAAGCCAGUGCUGGUGCUGCAGAGCCUGAGUCAUAUCUCCAUCUGGCUGCUGCUGGUGUUGGGCACCUCUAUCCUGGCUAUGCAGCUGAUGGAGUUCUUCUAUGGUGUCACCAUGGCUGCCCGCAUCGCCUACUCCUCCUACAUCUUCUCCCUCGUCGCCCCAUCCCGCUAUCAGCGUAUGGCCAGCUACUCCCGCUCCUCUGUCCUCCUAGGCGUCUUCACCAGCUCCGUGCUGGGUCAGCUCUGCAUCACUCUGGGUGACGUUUCAUUCCUCACCCUCAACUACGUUUCAUUGGGCUUCGUCAGCUUCGGCCUCAUCCUCACCCUCUUCCUCGAGCGCCCCCGGCGUAGCCUCUUCUUCAACCGUUCCAAAGGGGCUGGAGAUGGGGCUGCACCCCAUGAGCUGGACAAGAUGGCCGAGGGGGACAGCGGUGGCAGGAGAGGGGACUGGCGAGAGGCAGCACUCUGCCGUAUGCUGCGGGAAGUAGGAACUCUGAUCAGGCAACCCCAGCUUCGUCUCUGGUGUUUGUGGUGGGUCUUCAACUCAGCUGGUUACUACCUGAUGCUGUACUACGUGCAGAUCCUCUGGAACGAGAUCUACCCUGCCAUGGACAAUCGCCGGGUGUACAAUGGAGGAGUGGAUGCUGCCUCCACACUGCUGGGGGCUGGUGCCUCCUUCGCAGCUGGCUAUGUGAAGAUACGCUGGACGCUGUGGUCGGAGCUGGUGAUUGGGGUGGUGACAGCUUUCCAGGCGGGGUUGCUCCUGCUCAUGACCACCACCAGCAACAUCUGGCUGUGCUACGCUGCCUAUGUCCUCUUCCGUGGCUCCUACCAGUUUCUGGUGCCCAUUGCCAUUUUCCAGAUUGCUACCUCACUCUCCAAAGAGCUCUGUGCACUGGUCUUUGGGGUCAACACUUUCUUCUCCACCGUGCUGAAGACCAUCAUCACCAUCAUCGUGGCUGAUGAGAGGGGCUUGGGCUUGUCCGUGCAUCCCCAGUUUUAUGUGUAUUUCGGCUACUUCACAUUGCUGGCAGUGGCCUACCUGCUGGCGGCCAUCGUCGUGGGCAUCCGGCACAGCCGCCACAAGCAGCCAGCAGAGCUGGCCUUGUCCAAGGAGCCGUGUCCGCUCCCUGCCGACACGCAGGCACAGGAGAGGAGCCUGGAGGCCGGCGCUGUGUGA